AUGGACGAAAAGUUAUUCAAGAGAAAAAAAAACAUUGAACCAAGAAAAAGUCUUUCGAAUAUCGAUAAUUUGCUCGGUAAUCCUCAAAAGGAGAAAAAAUCCAAAAAAAAAAUUGAUGAUUUUUUUCCGACGAAUAAAUCAACCGUUUCAUUUAUAGAUGAAUUAAGUGAUGCUGAACUUCAGCAGCGAGAGCAAGCAGCAAAAUCAAGAAAAAACAAAAUGUCGGAGCGCCCAAAUAUCAAAGAUACGCAUUUCAUUGCGACAACUGGUGAUUAUUCAACGCAAAUCAUGAAUAGAACAGUUUCUGAUUUGGAGAGUGUAUUCGGACCAGAAUCUAAGCGUGGAGAUAGCAGUUGGAGAGGAAAAGCCACUGAGAGCAAGACUGAUGAAAGUGAACCAUUUGACGAUCAUCCAAGUCGAUCUAAAUCAACAAAAAGUGAAAAGAAUCGGAUGACAAACAUACUGCUUGAAAUUCCUGAAUAUGAUCGCGUACAGCGAAUGGAAAACGAAAUUAGCCACCUAAACCGGGAAAUAGAAUCCUUAAAGCGUAAACAAACGCUGCGAGAAAAAGCAUUGGUGGAAGAAUGGAGAGAAAAGAUGAAAGGCCGAGAACGACAAUUUGAAGAAGAAUUUGCCGAUCUGGAAGAAAAUCAUCGGAAGCAAAUGGGUCGUUUAAAAAGUGACCAUGAAGAAGUCUCCCAAUCUAUUCGUGAUAUGUUCCAAAGCCAAAUCGAAAUAUUAAUAAAUGGACAAAAAGAAUCAAAGAAUUAUGAAGAAAUGCUGGAGAAAGUAGAUGAAUUGGUUGCAAAAAUAAGCGAAGUAACAACAAGUUUAAAUAAGCAAACGGAUAAAAGCAAUUCCGAUCAGAGCCAUUACAUUUCAUUCAGAGAGCAACAGCUCGGAAUUCGAGAAGAAAGAAUCAAAAAGGAAGAGGAAUGGCUGGCAAAUGAAAAACAACGUGUGAUUGAAUUAAAUUUGAAACUGCAAAGUUUAUACGACAGUAGCGAACAAAAUACUCUAAAAGAAAAGUGGCAAGUACGUGAAGAACGCCAAAAAUUGAACGCAGAAAAAGAUGCAUUUAAAAGUGAACAGCUAAGAAUUCUGGAUGCGGCGGAACAACAAAAGAUCGAGAUUGAGGCUUCAAAGACCAACUUUCUCCGUGACCAACAUGAUCUGAUAAUGCGCGUAAUGGCUGCAAAAUCAUCAUUGGAAGCUGAAAAGAGCGCAUUUGAUGCGCAACGUCAGCAGGAUGUGACAAGGUUGAAAGUGGAAGCCGAAAAACUCGAUCAUAAAUUGAAAGAGGUGCAAAAUGCUGAAGACAUUUUACAGAAUACACAAAGAAUUUAUGAACAAAAAUACCAACAGCUGGUAGCAUUGGAACGAUCACUUAUAGACGAGUGUUUUGAACUGGAACGAUGUCGUAAACAAUUGGAAACGAUUCAAAAUGACACUCGAAAGAAACGCAAUCCAAGAAAUGAACAAUCUCACCAAGUAAUACCAAUAUUGGAUACAAGCGGGCCGGACUUCAUCACAGACCCGUACAUCGAUGAAAGGCCCAACCAAAGGUUAUCUACCGCUUUCUCAGCCUUAAAAACUCGACAGAGUUUAAAUAUGCAAGCUUAA